AUGGAAGAAGCGGAUCUCCGCUACGAGGACUACGUGCGUCGAAGGGACGCAGAAAUGGCUAAAAACGGGCGUUUUGCGCCCGUCGAAGAGCUACCCGAAGAGAAAGAAAAGGAUAAGCUCAAGGGCGAUGGCCGAUUCGAACUGUGAGUUUUUGAAAAAUCGAAAUUUCAUGAGGUAAAGCCUAGAUCUGAGAAAAUGAGGUAAAAUCGAAAUUCUACGAGAAACUGAAAAAAACUGAUGCUAAAUUUUAAUGUUAUUAGAACAUAGUUAUAGCCGAUUCACGGCUAACUAAUGGGCGUGGCCUGUCUGCGCUCUCCACUAACCAGGCACUAUCUCUUUUUUCUUAUCGUGUCAGAACCCAUUUUUCGAUGGCUCAAGCCAGCCGUGAAUCAGCUAUAAUACCCAAAUCUAAAAUUUGAAAAGAAGUAAAAAUAAAAAACAAAUAUAACAGAAUCUUUCGCUUUUUCUUGAGUUGGGAAAUCGUCGUUUUUUUUUCAAAAUGAUGAAAAAGUGAUUUUUUGAAGAUUCCUUCCAGAAAUUCAAGUGUUUUCAUGUAGUUUCUCGAUCUAAGGACGUGUUAUUCGACUCGAUUUCGAGCUCAGGAAUUACAAUUUAUUUUCGAAAUUUGCACCUUCGCAACAUUCAAUCAUUUUUGUUUUGUGAUAAGUUCCACUGUUGAAACGUAUCUCUUUGUACAUUUCAAACAGCGUGAUGAUUUAUUGACACGUUUCUUACGUUUUUUUUUAUUGUUUUAUCCUCUUUUUUUAAAAAGAAACAGCCAAAUAGGCUCAAAAUGGAUUAUCUAACUCUUUCGAAGAUCGUAAGCCCAAAAUUCCCUCAAACUGGAUUACUUCACAGUUUUGAGCUUCAUCUUUUUUUUAACAAAAAACAUUCCAAAAAGUAUACUCAUAAUAAGCGCUUUUCAUUGAGAAGAUAGAAGGAUUUUUUUUCGAAUCCAUGUCUCAAAAAAUGCCCAAUUUUUCGCAUGUUCUAGCCCUUUUCAGCAAUUUUUCAAGGUAAUGUCCCAAAUCAAGCAAAAAUUUUUUUUUAAAAAAAUGCGCAAUUUCGAUUUUUUUAGACUCUCAAAGCACCUGAAAACUAUCUCAAAAAAACUUUUUUUCCGUUAUUUCAAUCUUAAUAUCCUUGUUUUGAACUUGAAUUACCUUUUGCUUACAAUUUUUUUAUUUCCAAAAAAAUAUACCUAAAUUUUCAAAUAAAUUGAGAUCAACCCAACUAUGCUCGUUUAUUUCCCAACUCUUUCAAUCUUUCAAUCACAUGAUUCAGCAGAGCCUUUUUUUGAUUCCUCUGAUGUCUGAAUAAAUUGAAUUGAAUUGAAUUUCAAUCUUUACACUUUUUUUCUCUGAAUUUAAGCUAUUUUUUUCCAAAUCGUUUUUUUAAAAAUUUUUUUGUUACUUCCAAAUCAAAUAAAAAGCCUAAAACGGUCAAAGAUUUUUUAUUCAACUUUUACAGCUCUACGAAAAUCUUCUAAUCCACUUUUUCUUAAUUUCCACCCAAACUAAGGCCCAACAGCGAGUACCGAAGCGCUGGCUACAAGGAAAAAGCCUUGGAACUUGGAGAGGAUCCAAUUAUCGCCGUCAGGACUCUUCGGAAUAAUCUUCGAGUCAUGUCUCUGACCCACAAGGACAAAGACCGACCUGUCAAGGUUCCAAUCAAUUUUCGAAAAUUGAUAAUCAACUUGGAAUUUAUGCAGCUGUCUUUAAAAAAAAAUGCAACUUCGGACUAAUUUUUAAAAAAUACUGGCGGUAUUUGAAUGAGAUUCUGCCCUUUUCUGCUUAAAAAUUUUUUUUUCAAAAACCUUAGAAAAAUUUUUCAGAGAAGUCCUAUUAUAAACAAGAUUCCAUGUCAAAGUAAAAAAAUUUUAAAAAUCCCAAAUUUUUUUCUGAAAAAUUCUUGGAAAGCAAUCGAUAUUUUUUUCUUUACAAAUAGAGUCAAUGUUUCCCGACUUGAAAGGCGAGGGCAAGGGGCGGGACGCGUAGCGUGUGCGUACGCGGUUCUUGGCACGAGUUCAAUUCAACCGCGAGCGGGUAUUCAGAGAGCUUGUUUAUUGCUCUUUUCACUCCUUUUUCAAUUUUUUAUUGAUAUUUUCAUGUGUGCAUCAAAAAAUAGUAGAAAAUACAGAAAAGGAACGGUUGCCGAGCCUUUUAAUAGUCGGCGGCGAUUGAAUUGAACUGGCGCCAAAAACCGCGUACGCACACGCUACGCGUCCCGCUCCUUGCCCCGCCUACCUCGCUUUUCAAGUCGGGAAACAUUGACUAUAUUUUCAUUAGAAAAAAAAUUGCCGAAUCGAGAAAUCAUAGAUUUCUGAAAACUCAACAAUUCCAGGCGCACCUCUGCCAGUCCGCCUGUGAAGAACUUUCAAAAACCGAAGAAAAGUUGGUUGGAUUGAGCCACGACAGAUCCGACGCCAUUACCCGGGGAGAUGUUCAAAAAGCCCACAAAAUUCGGAGCGAGAUGGAAAAGGUAACUCUCUCAUUCUCUUACUUUUUGUCUCCCCCAUAGAUCUUUUUUUCGAUUUAUGAAGCUCAAAAAGAUGGCAAAAUACAGAUAUAAUGAUAAAAAAACCGUUAUUUCAAACUUAUGAAGCGUCUCAUUUCGAAUAGUUCGUUUUUCUCUUAUUUUGGAGUUACGAGGUUCAAAAAUUACACUUCAGUAACGUUUAAUCAAAAUUUCGUCCGGGGGCAAAAAAGGUAUAAAUAGCCCAUCAACAGAUAAAAUUUGACCUUUUACGCUCCAAGAGGCUCCAUUUUUCUGGAAAAAAAUCGUUUUCACUUGGCAAUUUGCCACAAAAAAAUGCACAAUUAAAAUUUUAAAAAAAUCGGAAAAAAAUCAAGAAAAAAAUCUUUCCGAUUCCUAAUUCCCUGAAUAUAUUUUUCAAUUUGAAUAGAGCGCACAAACUACUUCUUCUCACAGCUAUUUAUUCUCUUCUUGAAUCAAUUAAUUUCCUGGUAAAAUCAAAGAUUUCAGGUGAAAUCGGACGCAAUUCGUAACACCUACUCGGAUUUGAUGAUCGAAGAUUCACAGGUGAAAUUUUCUAGAAAAGAAACUUUAUGUGUUUAACAUUCGCUUUAAAUAAGCUUAUAAAAAUCCAUGACGAUGAACGUGUCAAACAAGCUUGAAGCUGCUAAAUUAUUUUGAUGAAACAGUAAAUUCAGUAAAAAAAAAAAUUUUUUUUUAUCUUUUUUCUAAAAAACUCUACUGGUAGUUUUGGACUUUGCCCAUGUAGUACUAAAUGCACAGAAGAUAUGAAAAAAUGGUUUCCUACUUGAAUUCAAAUUCUAUCAUUUUCUUACAGAUGAAAGCGUUCGGAGUGAACUCCAGAUGGACUCCAGACAAAAAUCCGUCGAACGAGAUGGUCUGGCGUCCCAUUUCUCCAGCCCCACCACCGAAGAGAGCCAUGUGAUUCUAGUCUUACUAUUUUGGGAGUCCUAAAUUUAUAAUUUAUGUUUCGGGUUUCAAAAAGUUCAGAAUAAUGUGCUUGGCACGUCUAUAAACUAACCUUUCUAAAAAGCCUGGAUGAAAAAAAGGUUUUUUGCAGCAUUUUCGGUCAGUUUCAAAGUUUUUCCAAAAUCUGAGUAAUUUUUGAGGUUUUUACCAGCGAAAAAAAAUCACUUCAGUUGAACUUCUCAUCAAAAAUCACCUGGAAACCUAGAGGAGAAAUUAUUUUUUCGCUAAAUAUUAAACAAAAAAACGCGCUUUAAAUCAUUUCCAAACGUUUUUAGAAAGGUUAGUUAACAGAGCAGCUGAGUUUUUCAGAGGAUUCAAUUUGAAUUUUUCAAAAAAUCACUCAGAAACCUGAAGAAAAAAUGAUUUUCAACCAAAAUUCCUAUUGAAAUAUCCUCAAAACCAUUCUCACAACGUUUUAAAAAUUCAAUUAACAAAAACCUUCCCUUCCAAAAAAGUAAUAUUCAAAAAUUACCCGAAAACUUGAAAUGGUCUUUCAGCCAAAUUUUACGCUGAAAUAUCAUCAAAACCCUUUCCAGAACCCCAAAACCACGAGAAAAUACGCCAAAUCAACGGAGGCAGAGUGUUCAAACGUCAGAAAAUCCAAGAGAAAAAACGCCGGAAGUUAGGAAAAUCCAGACGCCGUCCAAAAGUCGGCCGGCCAGUCAGAAAAGUCUUUCGAGGCCUUCCAGUAAGGUAAAUAUUUUAAAGAUCAAAAAUAUAGCUCAAGAAUGGGAUAAGUGAUUCAAAUUGAUAAGGUUACCGAAAAAAAUUUUUCAUGAAACUAACUUUUUAAUGAUAUUUUUUUGCACUUAUAAAUCUGCUAAAGUUUUACCGGCCCUCAGAAAAAAAUUGCUCGCUUCAAAAAAAAAAAAAUAAACUUGAAAAAAACAAUUAUUAUUUUCAACAUCUGGAACUUCAAAUUUUAUAAUAAUAUUGCUUUGAAUCAAUUUUUAAAAAAAGCCAUUUGGCGCUACCCAAAACAAUUAUCCAGGGCUGGAUUUAUGUAAUUUUUACAGAAGGAAUUCAAGAAAAAAACGGCCGUUUGGCUGAUUUACUCAAUACUAAUGUCAAUCAACCAAUAAUAAUCCCGAAUGGUGGAAAUAUGAUUCACGAUGAUCCUUACAAGGCUCCGACUGAUAUCGGGUAAGUUCUGGACUUUAUUGGGUUGGUGACAAUUUUAUAUACGGGCUUUAGACCAGAGCUUCAACCGAAAAUAAUAAAGCUUCAAAGACUUUUUCUUGAGCUUAUUUUUCAUACUUUAUAAGAAAAACUUGUAUUUUGAAUUUCAGCCAAUGUCCCCACUGCGGUAUAAUCGAAGACGGAUUGGGCCGUCCAGGUUCCUUGGAAAAACACUACGCGAGGUCUUGCAAAAUGAUGUGCAUGUGCAAGUUUUGCAUGAAAGUCGUCAUGGUGAGUUUUUUUUUGAUGGAUAAAAAAUCAGAAACUCUCAAAAGGCGAAUUUUUCAAUUUUUCAAAUCGCUGGAGAACUUUUAAGCGUUUUUUUAAAUAUUUUUGACUUUCUGACUGUCCUCUCACGAACCAUACAGUGGAGUCAAACCGAAAAAAGUAGGGUAUCAAGAAAAUAAAUGGAAAAAAUCCUAAAAAAAUACAAGGAGGAAAGUAUUUUUUCGGAAAUUCGCACCACCGACUUUCCACUAAAAAAUUUUUCUGAGGCUAACUUUUCCAGAUCCCCCAACUAACCGACCACUACAUAAAUCGGUGCGAGUUUCUCAGGGGACAAAUGGAAAAAUGCAAAAAUUGCGGCCUUUCGACUUCCAUAGAAGAUCAGACUAACAAUGCUAGUCACGCCAUGUGUAGAGGUACUUUUUUUUAUCAAAAAUAUCGAAUUUUCUGAGCAAAUCCCUGGAAAAAGCCGUUAAAAAGCUAAGAUCCUGCUGAUUUCACAGAUGAAUACCUAAUUUAGAGAAAUCUUGAAAAAUAAUUUUUUUGCGUCAAAAAUUCAUAUAGUCGAUUCACGGCUAGCUUGGGACUUAGGGGGCGUGGCCUGGGCACUAUCUCUCAAGUCAGACGUGGAUCAGCUGUACCCGAUUCUCUCACGAACAAGUCGGGGGAAAAUCAUUUCUAAUUAUCCUCCAAAUGAAGCGUAUGCUUGGCGGGCAUUCGACAAGUCGCGAACUUUUCGACUCUUUUUUUUUUUUCAUAAUUUCCACGUUUAGCCGUGGAUCAGCUAUAAAUCCUUCCGGGGUUUUUUGGUGAAUAUCUCGUUUCUUCUCUGGAGGGACAAUUAGAAAAUAAAAGUUAUAGUCUGUGUACCACGACUUGGAAUUUCCCCAAACGACACUCCGCUGUGUCGCUGCGCGCCUUUGCGAACCUUUUCGCGCUUUUAAUUUUUUUUUCCUUUUAUAAGGUACUCUACUUUCAUUUGUUACCACAGCAAUAACAAUCAAUUGAAAACGUGACCUAGAUUCGAAAGACGCUCAGCGAACGGAAGCAGCGGAGCUGCGGAAUGUCGUUCGGUGAAAUUUCAAGUCGUGACACACAUCAUCCCAAAGAAAAACCGAAAAUAGCUUGAAAAUUGAAUUAGCAAGUCUAUUUUUGAUUUUUCGGAGUAUAAAUUACAGCAGAAAGCACAGAAGAAAUCUCAUGAAACCGGUCAAAACAGAGCUCAAAAUUUUUUCGAAUCUUGCCAAAUUCCUACGUCUCAAUUUUAAAGAGGCGCUUGGAGCUGCUUCGUCACUUUCAGUUUUUUGGUUCAAAGGCUCGAGAUGAAACGCGGCGGCUUGAUUGGACGGCUCAAAUUAUUUGGCAAAUGUCCAAUAAAAUCCUUUCAAAAUUUUCUCCUUGCCAAAUGGGCGGAGCCAACCAAUCACUCUGUAACGAUCUGCGAUACUUUUAAACUAGACAAGGUUUCAAAGCGACAAGUCAGUUUUGACCGAGGAAUGAAAUUCCCAAAAAAAAGGUUUAUUUUCAGGACGCCAACCCCCUCCAGGCGCUCAAUGGUGUCCAUUAUGUACAAUAGCUGUGGACGAAAAUAAAGAGGUUUUAAGAUCUUAGACAAAAAUAACAGUUUUUUUUCGGCCGAUUUUGAUUUAAUGAACCUUGUUUGAUAAGAAACUUUCCUGAACCUCUAAACAUGAAUAAAUUGUCAUUUUUUUCCUUUAUCAGUCUAAAAUGAUUGAUCAUUUCCCAGAAUUGGAUCCGUCACGCGCUAAAUGAAUGUUACAACAACCCGAGGAAGAACGGGCCCGAGAGAGAUCCGAGAGAAGUUCAAAAAGAAAGAUCCGAGUUGACUAGAGGGUAUGAAAUAAAGUAAAAAGGAUGCCGUGUUCGGAGUGAUUUCCGUGAGUAUCUCUCUCUUCACAAUCUAUUUAUCUUUUUCUUUUUGUAACGACUGGUUUGGAUUUCGUAGAAAAAGGAUGGUACGACAAAAUCUCAAGUCCGCAAAUCUUGAGGACCGUAAUCUUGUGUACGCAGAUCUAAAGUCCCAUAAACGGAAAGCAAAAAUCACACUUUUGCGAAUAUAUUCUAUCAGAGAUUGUAUUCGGUGAUCCAAAAAAGAGAAUAUAAGUAGAUAAAGUGAAAUAAAUAAGACUAAAAAGGGAUAUUUUUGCUUUCCAAGAUUAUGGGACUUGAGAUCUGCGUACACAAGAUUACAGUCCUCAAGAUUUGCGGACUUGAGAUUUUGUCGUACCAUCGGAAUCACUUUGAACACAGAAUAGGGUCCUGCCAAUCAGAGAAAAGAAAAAAUGAAGAUCUGGCGCAGAAAAUUUGAAAAUCUUAUCAGAUUAUCAUGUUCGAAAAGAAUCUCGAUUCAAAUUUACAGAAACGAUAAAGAAAAACAGAGUGACGAAGCCGAAGCCGAAAAAUAUCCCCAACACGUUCCAGUUCAAUUUGUUGGAAAUUCCGCUUCCAACAGAAUGAUUGACGCGGACAAACUGGUGGUCGCUUUACAGGUUAGUCGGAUAAAAAAAAAUGAAAUUAAUUAUUUUUCUAACUUGAGAAGCUAGCCUAACGAUUAGGUGUUCAUUUGUGAGGCUCACAGAAUUUGCAAGCAACAAUUUUCUGGAAAAUUUCGAAUAAUUAUAAGAAAAUUCUAUUCUUCAAGCAAAAAAAAUUCAAAAACAAAGGGUUUUUUUUCAAUCUAGAUUGAAAAAACCUUUUUUCUAUAGUAACUUAUCAUUGGUGAGUUCACAAAUAAUUUCAAUUUCAAAAUUAAUUUUUUUCACUCAAGUUUUUUUGUCUCUUUUUCCAAUUCAUUGACAGUUUACAAAUCCUGUAACAGUUUCCAAAAAAUUAGCGGAAUAAAUAACGAACCUUUUAAAAAUUGCAGGAAAUCCAAGAGCGAAAGAAGGCCGAGAAGCGCAGGAAGCAGAAGGAAAUAAUGGAUUCAGAGACGGUCGAACCAUGA